AUGGUCAACGUCACCACAGUGACCAAUUUCCUGCUCAUGGGGUUUUCUGACAUCUGGGAGCUGCAGCUGAUCCAUGCUGCACUGUUCCUCCUGGUCUACCUCGCAGCCCUGACAGGGAAUCUUCUCAUCGUCGCGAUCACCACCCUCGACCGGCGCUUCUACAGCCCCAUGUACUUCUUCCUCAAGCAUCUGUCCAUCCUCGACCUCUGCUACAUUUCUGUCACAGUCCCCAAAUCCAUCGCCAAUUCCCUGACCAACAGCUGUUCUAUCUACUACUGGGGUUGUGUGGCCCAACUCUUUUUAACAAUUAUGUUGGCUAUUUCAGAGUUGUUCGUCCUCACCGUGAUGUCCUACGACCGCUACGUGGCCAUCUGCCGCCCCCUCCACUAUGAGGUCAUCAUGAACAGAGGUGCCUGUGUGCAGAUGGCAGCUGCUACCUGGUUCAGCGGGGGGCUGCUUGGGGCGAUGUACUCAGCGGGAACAUUCACAUUAAGCUUCUGCAGAACUAAUAUGAUCCAACAGUUCUUCUGUGAUGUCCCUUCCCUGCUGAACAUCUCCUGCUCUGAAAGGCACAUUGUCGUUGAUGUCAGUGUAGCCAUUGGUAUGAGCUUCGGUUUCAUCUCCUUCGUGUCCAUCAUCAUUUCAUACAUUUACAUCUUCUCCACCGUGCUGACAUUUCCAUCCACUGAGAGCCGCUCCAAAGCUUUCUCCACCUGCCUGCCUCACCUUGCCGUCAUCAUGUUUUUUCUCUCUACUGGAGCCUGUGCCUACCUGAAGCCACCUUCAGACUUCCCGUCAACCCUGGACCUGAUGGUGUCUGUUUUCUACACCGUCGUGCCCCCGACCCUGAACCCCCUCAUCUACAGCCUGAGGAACAGGGACAUGAAGGCCGCCCUUUGGGAGGUUUGGGGCUGA